AUGCUGUACCUGCCGAGGCGCGCCGCCGAGAUCGUGGCCUUGAACUCUUUGUACGCACAGUCCAGCUCUGGGAGCCUUCAACACGCAGCCUUGCCACGGAUUCGGAAUGUGUUGGAGGCCUCGGAUGAGCUGCUGGCAGAACAGGCUGAUCAAAAUUUAGGCAUGAUCCGCGACAAGCACUGGGCACGGGAACGCUUGAGACGCGAGAAGGCAUAUACCGCUGCUCAGGCGCAGAAAGAGGAGGUGGAGCCCAAGUGGGUUCUCCGCCGUGGCACGUGGUACUAUGAAGGUGGCGUGCAGCCCGAGUAUUUGCCCGCGGACCAGGCCAUGAACAAGUUUGUGAAAGAAGAAGAGGAUCGAGGUCGAGGUCCAAGAUGGGAGAACGGCAUAGCCAAGCCAGGACUCAUGCGAAGAUGGUUCAAGAGAAAUCCCCACGGAGGCUUCUUUGAUGAGUUGUGACGCCUGAGAAACCCGGACGGUCAAUGUGGAUUAGCAAAAGGUAGGACCCAAGUAACUUGCCCAAGGACAGUUUCACAGGUCUACAGCAGGCCCCUGCUAAGCAGGAUCAGUGCAAGUUCUGCAGUUG